AUGGUUUCGCUAGAAGAGACAAGAGAGAACAUCGCCAGGGUCAAGGAAGAACUGACCAUUCAACGAGUUAUAUUGCGGUCCCUGGACGAUUCAGGCGUCACUGAUGAGAAUGUGAGGCAACGAGUUCAGCAAGAAAUCACAGCACUCAAGGAGCAGCUGAGAGAUUUAAUGAUUUGUGAGCGCCAUCAUGUGGAAUAUAAUUCACGUGUAGGCAGCCAAACUUCAAAUACCAUGAGUGCUGGCACGAGCAACUCAGCAUCAUCAUCCUUUCAUACAGACGCAGGAUCAUCCAUGAGUAGCAACUCGACAAAUACGGGUGGCGGCGGCGUCGCUCGCUUUAAACGAGAAUUAACGUCGCCGUCAGGUUCUGGGCGAAACAAGUCGAGGCGCUCGUCGCCUAUGACAGCGCCGCCACCAGUGUUGCCAUCUCAAGUUCUCGCUAACCAGCCUAUUGAAAUCAUCGACCUUACGGGCGACGAUAUUCAACUAGAUGCUAGUUUAGUGGCCGAUCAGAUCCGCCGUGAAAGGCAACACACACAAUCAGUUGAAGACCGACGAUUUGCGGAACAACUGAGCCAGGAGUCUAGCCUUUACCAGCCUUCAUCCUCACAAAUCGAUCCGAAUGAAUCGUUUGGUGCUCUGGCGAGAAUCAUGGAGACACAGCGAGCAAAUGCCCCGCGACCCCCACGACCUUCGCCGCUGGAAGUAGAGUACCCAGGUUAUGAGUCCAUCUCUAGUGGAGAGUCCUCGCCUUCACCGUCGCCAAUCGAAAUGACAUCGCAAAUGCCCGGUGCGUGGGAUGCAAUGCCAGGGUCUAGUCGACAACGGCCCAUCAACCUGAGCCAACCACAGUCAGUUAGAUCACUAACGAAUGCAUCGAAUGGAACUAUUGCCUAUCGUAUGCCUGGUACUUCUGGACCCGUUAUCUGGUGGCCGGCUAAUGCCCAGCCACCGCCUGGGUUCCUGCCAGUAAAUCCGGCCUCUAGCCAGAUGCCUAUACGCGCAAAUAGGACUGUGCCCUCGCAGGGCCCCGGAGGCGCUCUAGGAAAUAUUAUCAAUAGGACGAGCAUGUUUGGAUAUGGCGCGAUGGGCGAUAUGAUGAGCUCAAUGGGCGGCCGACUCGGAAGCUUCUUUGAGUCUAUACAAGAUGAGAGAGUAUCUGAUGAGGAACUUGCAGAACUGCUCAAGAAUGUUCAGCCGGAUGUUCAUAUUCCUGAGGACCUCAGAGGAAAAACGAAACCCGAAGGUCUGAAGAACGACCUUUAUCACCAUCAGGAGCUUGCUCUAAUUUGGAUGAAGAAGAUGGAAGAUGGAACUAACAAGGGUGGAAUCCUUGCCGACGACAUGGGCCUCGGCAAAACCAUCUCGACAUUGUCGUUGAUCCUCGACAGGAAAGCCACAUCUCGACCUAAGACAAACUUGAUUAUUGGGCCGCUAUCGUUGAUUCGACAAUGGGAAGAGGAAAUCAAGUCGAAAACAAAAGCAUCGCAUAGCUUGUCGGUCUUUGUAUAUCACAACAAAAAAGCUACGUCGGAUGACCUGCUUCAGUAUGAUGUUGUUCUUACCACGUACGGUACCAUUGCCCAAGAAUUCAAGCGUCUUGAGACCUACCAGAGGGACAAUGCCGACAGGCAAAUCGACUACAAUGACCGCGCUGUUGGAAUCAAAUUUCCAUUGCUGAAUCCCGAAAAGGCCAUUUUCCACCGCAUCAUUCUGGACGAAGCACAAUGCAUCAAGAACAAAUUGACACAAACAUCGAAAGCGUGCCAUGCGUUGAGAGCUACUUAUCGAUGGUGUUUGACUGGAACACCAAUGAUGAAUGGAGUCCUCGAGCUUUACCCAUUGCUCAGAUUUCUACGCAUCAAACCGUACCAUCAGUGGGAGAAGUUUCGACACUCGUUCGGAGUUCUCUUUGGUAAACAAGGUGACCCAAAGCACAAGGCCAUGGAUGGCUUGCGUGCGUUGCUGAAAGCCGUGAUGCUGCGACGGAAAAAGGAUUCUCUGUUGGAUGGUAAGCCCAUUUUGCGACUUCCACCGAAGACAGAGGAGGUCGUAUAUGCCGAAUUGUCGGAAGAUGAGCGUGGCUUUUACAAGCAGCUCGAAAUGAAGUCCCAGGUUCUGUUCAGCAAGUAUCUUCGAGAGGGCACUGUUGGCAAAAACUACUCCAGUAUUCUUGUGCUUUUGCUGCGGCUGCGCCAAGCGUGCUGCCAUCCCCAUCUCAAUCUUGAUGUGGAUGAUGUUAGUCCAUACACUGAUGAAGACAUGGUUGAGCUUGUCAAGAAGUUGGACCCCACCAUUGUAAGACGAAUAAAGGAGAUGGAGGCCUUUGAGUGUCCUAUAUGCUAUGAUGCUGUUCAAUCGCCAACUUUUUUUAUUCCCUGCGGCCACGACAGCUGUAAGCAAUGUUUGAGCAGGAUUGCAGACAACGCUGCUACGCAGAAUCUCCAGGAGGGCACUGAAAGCUCUCAGGCAAAGUGUCCGGUUUGUCGUGGACCGUUUGACCCACGCAAGUGCUUUACGUAUGAGGCUUUCCAGGAAGUUCAUAUGCCUGAAGCUCUGGAUCAGGAGGACAACAAUGAUGAGGACGAUAGCGACGAUGAAGACGAUAGUAGUGGCGAUGAAAUCGGCGACAGCGAGGAUGAGCCGGACGAACCAAUUGUGAAAGAUGAAGUCGACAAGAAAGGCAACCUGAAGGGUUUCAUUGACGACGGAUUCUUUGACGAUGACUCCGACGAAGAUAUAAAGCCUGAUAAAGAUGCUGAAUCCGCUGAUGCAAAGGUGGAGGAGACUGAGGAUUCGAAACUGCCCAAAGAAGAGCUUGAAGAGAAGCCCAUGCCAGAACCCAAGCCAAAGAAGAAGUCUAAAGGCAAGGGCAAAGCCAAAGCUAAGGUCAAGAAAAACGGCAAGGGUAAAGAGAAGGCGAAGACUAGUGACGUUAAGCCAUCUACGCUCAAGCAGCUCCGUAAGGAUGCAGCAAAGAAUAAGGAUUCCUACCGCAAAUACAUGGCAUAUCUCCGUGAGACUUGGAUGCCUGCUGCAAAGAUUGAUGAGUGCAUGAAGUUGCUUCACGAAUCCGACGCAGAAGGCGAAAAGACCAUCAUCUUCUCGCAGUGGACACUACUCCUUGACCUCAUCGAUGUCGCUAUGUACCACGAAGACUUCUCCCACCGGCCGCGCCGCUAUGAUGGAAGCAUGUCUGGCGAGCUACGUGCCCAGGCUGCGAAGGAUUUCCGAGAGAAGAGCGAUGUCCGUGUUAUGUUGGUUUCCCUGCGUGCUGGUAACGCAGGACUCAACCUCACCAGUGCCACUCGUGUUAUCAUCAUGGAUCCAUUCUGGAACCCGUACAUUGAAAUGCAAGCUGUGGAUCGCGCCUAUCGCAUUGGCCAAACUAAGGAGGUCAAGGUGUACCGAAUUCUCACAAAGGAUACUGUGGAAGAUCGAAUCGUGGCACUGAAGGAGAAGAAACAAGAAGUUGUCGAAGCGGCACUAGAUGAAAAGGAGAGCGCCAAGAUUGGCAGGCUGAAUGCCAACGAACUCAGGUUCUUAUUCACUGGCAAUUAA